CUGUUUGUACACGCCUUGGGUACACGUGCCCUCCUCCAAUAAUAAUAAUGGUCACUGAACACAAGAGAGCUGUUGGCAGGCCCUAACUCCUUUAAACUGCUAUUGCUAUAGACAGACAAGAGAAGGUUCAUACAGAUCUUCUUCAUAAUGGGCAUUGGUGUGGAGUUGUGGAGAGCUCGUAUUGGGUUGUUCAAUGGUGGAAGAGGAGGGCGGCCACGUAAAGCUUCCCUGGCUCACCAGAAGCUACAGUGUGAUGUUACUAUCGUAGUCACAAAGGUGUUGUGGACGCAGUGUAGCACCCUCCAGGCUGAAGAUACUGCCAGCCAUCGUGAUAAGUGUGUCGUUGAAUCAGUACUAAAUAAUGCAACAGACAAAGCUCCUCCCAGUAACUGUCAUGAAGAUGUGGUUCCUGAAAAGAAAAAAGAAUCAGUAACUUUCACGACUAACCAUAGCCGCAAUCACUCGUCAAGUAUUUGUAUUGGCCUCACCCUGAUCUUAAUAGGAGCAAUACUUGUCUUCGUCUCUCUCCUGUUAUUGGCCGGAGAUGUAGAGCUAAACCCUGGACCUGGACUGGAUACUGUUCUGACUAUCUCUGACAUACUUGAGGUGUAUGAGAAGGUGAGGAGUGCUAGUCCGAACUGGUUCAACCUUGGACUUGCGUUGAAGCUGAGCUAUACCGACUUAACCAACUUUCGUGAGACCUACCGUGGUGACAAUGAUGUGUGUUUGCGUGAGGCCCUAGCUCGUCGACUGCAGUCAGGUGAUCCUCUAACUUGGGGAGGAAUGUGCACUGCUCUCAGGCACCCUACAGUGACAAGAAAAGAUGUAGCUGAAGCAAUAGAGGGAUCUUAUCAAAGUCUAGAGAGAGUCUCAGAAAGACUUGAGAGAGCUCAAAACAGCACUACAGAAACUGAGUCAUCUACUGAGUCAUUGGAUGGUGCAAUCAGUGAAGUAGUCUCUAUAUCUCUAAGUACGGGAGAGUUAGAAGUAGAUUCGAUGGAAAUGGAAACGCUAUUCAACAAACUUGUGUCACAGCUGUGCCAGUCACUUGAAGUUCGAAGAAUUGAUAAAGACUCUUUGGUUGCUUGCUUGAUGGGGUUUAACUCUCUAAAGAAGGUUUUUGGCAAAACAAAUCAUUGUGUUUUCAGGAAUCAAAGAAAGAAACUUGGAAAAUGUUCAACUGUUGCAGGAAUUUGGCGAAUUAUUGCUGACUAUUUCUCCUUCUUUGACUAUGAAAUGGUUGAUCAGAUUACAGACAUUUUAGGGACAGCCGAGGACAAAGAGAAGAUGAAACUCUACAAAGCCAAUUUUGUGGAGUAUGCUAAACGACGAGUACGUCCAGUGACUGAAAAUAUUAGUUCAGAUUCCAGAGAAGAUACCGUCACUAUGGUUGUAAAACUUGAUUCUACGUACGACGAUUGUGAACUGAAUCGACUAAAGCUAUUCAAACGGAAUCUAUGCUCCAUCUUAAAUUUGAACGAAUCUGUCUUAAAACUUGGUAAAAUCGGUAAAGGUUGUAUCGAGCUAACAUUUCUGUUGUCCUCUUUCAUAACAAGUGACAUUUUUCCACUGUCAACUGAUCAAGAACAGGCUUUGCAUAGUCAGGGGGUCUUACAGCUACACUGUGGAGACGUUCAUUAUCAAGCUGAGUGUCGAUCGGAUAAAGGUGAUAACACAUCCAGGUCCAGUUUAGAUUCUGAUGAAGGAUUGUCCAGUACUCUUCAUUCUGAGUACAAAUCUGUUGCUACUGAUUACUUAGAGACGUUCCAAAUGCACCGUUUCUUAGAGGGCCCGACAGUCGACAAGAAAGGAGAGCGUUCUAAUUCUGACUCUGGGAUUGUGAGAAGCAAGAGAGGAGCUCGGACUAUUAAAUCAUAUCUUACUGAGGUAGACACUUUUGGUGCUGGCAAUGAAGAGAUGCUACAAGAUUUUAAUGCAGACUUGAGUGCUCUGAAACUACAAUCUAAUGAACCACCUCCCUCGGUGAAGGUAGCAAGCUUAAAAGUUCAUUCUGCUGCGUUUAAUGAAGAAAGGACUAAACUACGAUUUCUAGUUGAAGUGUUUCGUUGCAGUCCUCUAGCUGUUAAUAGAAAAGGCAACACGGCUCUUCACACUGCAGCAGCUACUGGUGAUGUAAUAAGUUUGAAGUACAUGAUUGAAGAUAGGCUAGUCAAUGCAGCAACUGAAUCUAUCAAUGGUGAAACACCUCUUCAUCAUGCUGCUUUCAAUGGACACUUGAACAUUGUGACGUAUCUUGUUGGCACCCAGCAAGUGGACCCACUUGUUCUGGACAACUAUCUAUCUUCACCACUGCAUAAAUCUUGUCUAGGUGGUGACUUAAACACUAUAAAGUACCUAAUGUACGAGAGUCAGCAACAUCAGCCAGUGGAUGUUAAUGAGCAAACAGCUGGAGGGCGGACAAUGCUUCAUUGUGCUGCUUUCUCUGGGAAUUCUGAGCUGAUUAGUUAUCUUCUCACUGGCAAUCUCCUCCAAGGUGAUACUCCCUCUCAAGGACACUGUGAUGUUAACUGUCAAACUAAGGAUGGUAACACUCCUCUCAUGGUAGCUGCUCUAGAAGGCCACAUCAGUGUUGUGGAACUACUGGUUUCCAUGGGGGCUCAAGUCAACAAUCAGAACAAUAAUGGACGGACUGCUCUCUGGAAAGCCAGCCUCGAUGGACACAAAGAUGUUGCUCAUUAUUUGAUCACUGCUGGAGCCAUUGUUGACCUACCAAACACAAAUGGUAACACUCCUCUCAUGGCAGCUGCUCACGAAGGCCAUCUCAGUGUUGUGGAACUACUGGUUUCUAAGGGAGCUCAACUCAACAGUCAAAAUAAAGAUGGUAACACUCCUCUCAUGGCAGCUGCUCAAAAAGGCCAUAUCAGUGUUGUGGAACUACUGGUUUCUAUCGGGGCUCAAGUCAACAAUCAGAGCAAUGAUGGACGGACUGCUCUCUGGACAGCCAGCUUCAGUGGACACAAAGAUGUCGCUCACCAUUUGAUCACUGCUGGAGCCAUUGUUGACCUAACAAACAUGGAUGGUUUCACUCCUCUCAUAGUAGCUGCUCAAGAAGGCCAUCUCAGUGUUGUGGAACUACUGGUUUCUGUGAGGGCUCAAGUCAACAGCCAGAAUAAAGAUGGUAACACUCCUCUCAUGGCAGCUGCUCAAAAAGGCCAUAUCAGUGUUGUGGAACUACUGGUUUCUAUCGGGGCUCAAGUCAACAAUCAGAGCAAUGAAGGUGCUACUGCUCUCUACUGGGCUAGUCGUGAAGGUCAUCUCAAGAUAGUGCAGCAACUCAUUGACAGUGGAGUAGAUGUUCAUGUACAAGAACAAGACGGAGAGACUGCUCUCUGGACAGCGAGCUUCAAUGGACACAAAGAUGUCGCUCACCAUUUGAUCACUGCUGGAGCCAUUGUUGACCUACCAAACACGGAUGGUACCACUCCUCUCAUGGUAGCUGCUCUAGAAGGCCACAUCAGUGUUGUGGAACUACUGGUUUCUAUGGGGGCUCAAGUCAACAAUCAGGACAAUGAUGGUUUCACUCCUCUCAUGGUAGCUGCUCAUGAAGGCCAUCUCAGUGUUGUGGAACUACUGGUUUCUGUGAGGGCUCAAGUAAACCAGAAUAAAGGCGGAGAGACUGCUCUCUGGGCAGCCAGCUUCAAUGGACACAAAGAUGUCGCUCACCAUUUGAUCACUGCUGGAGCCAUUGUUGACCUACCGAAGACUGUGGAUGGUUUCACUCCUCUCAUGGUAGCUGCUCAAGAAGGCCAUCUCAGUGUUGUGGAACUACUGGUUUCUGUGGGGGCUCAAGUCAACAGCCAGAAUAAAAAUGGUACCACUCCUCUCAUGGCAGCUGCUCAAAAAGGCCAUCUCAGUGUUGUGGAACUACUGGUUUCCGUGGGGGCUCAAGUCAACAGUCAGAACAAUAAUGGACGGACUGCUCUCUGGACAGCCAGCCUCGAUGGACACAAAGAUGUCGCUCACCAUUUGAUCACUGCUGGAGCCAUUGUUGACCUACCAAACAAGAAUGGUACCACUCCUCUCAUGGUAGCUGCUCAAGAAGGCCAUCUCAGUGUUGUGGAACUACUGGUUUCUAAGGGAGCUCAACUCAACAGUCAAAAUAAAGAAGGUGCUACUGCUCUCUACUGGGCUAGUCGUGAAGGACAUCUCAAGACAGUGCAACAACUCAUUGACAGUGGAGCAGAUGUUCAUGUACAAAAACAAGGCGGAGAGACUGCUCUCUGGGCAGCCAGCUUCAGUGGACACAAAGAUAUCGCUCACCAUUUGAUCACUGCUGGAGCCAUUGUUGACCUACCAAAGACGGAUGGUUUCACUCCUCUCAUGGUAGCUGCUCAAGAAGGCCAUCUCAGUGUUGUGGAACUACUGGUUUCUGUGAGGGCUCAAGUCAACAGCCAGAAUAAAGAUGGUUUCACUCCUCUCAUGAUAGCUUCUCGAGGAGGCCAUCUCAGUGUUGUGGAACUACUUGUUUCUAAGGGAGCUCAACUCAACAGUCAAAAUAAAGUGAGUAUAAUUUGUUAGUGCGUGCAUUGCAGUUCAACGAUUACAUUGUCAGAAAUUUUGAGAAUGUAAAGUUUUCGUCCCUUGGGCAAUUUAAAAGAUGGAUUUUAGCAAGUCAGCACCCAUGCAUGUUGAAAGGACCGCCAUGAUUAUACGCAUGCACGGAUGCCUCCGCUUGAUAAUGUUAUUGUCGAUUUAGUGUGUCUUUCACUCUGUCUUUUUGUAAUUAGCUCUACAUGCGACCUUUAUUCGAGGUAUAGCUACACAUUUGCAGCUGAGGUGAUCCUUUACCGGUCUCUAUUAAAAGUAGAAUUGUAGUUUGUUGCUUGUUUAUUGUGUGUAACAGAACACUCCUCUGCAUGGUUUGUAUACAUCUAUUUAUGUCAUGUGAAGUUUUGGAAAAUAUAAAAAACCACUUGAGGUUAAUUUACAGCUAAACCACAACUUUGCCAAAUCUCUAUCUGUAAGUACUAAGUUUGGGCUGUAGGAGUAGCUUGAUUACGACAUAAACUGCCUGUUCGUCUAGCUAUUUUUAAAAUUGCUUACUGAGAAAUUAACAGCCUGCUGCUGAACCAGUCUCCAAUUCUCUGCCACAAUAACAUAUUACGCCACUUAACUCCUCUUGAUAAGGAUUAGUUUUUCAUGGUUACCCAACUAUAGUAGUUUAUGCUGAAUACUGUACUAGGUAUAGCUAGGUGUAUAAUUAUAUCCACAUAAAGAUCUGAAUCUUCUGUUCCAAAAUCUAAACUUGGUCCCUUGUUCUAUAGUAUUGUGCUUUACUUGUGUAAACUGUUACACUCAUCUCAAGUGGUUUUUUGCAAUUUACUAUUUGCUCCAAACGGGCAGUACAUGCACAAGUAAAAACUGAACUUAGAGAGUGUGGUGUACAAACUUACUGUUUAGUUUCUCAGCAUCUCUUAGUAGAGUUUGGAGGGCCAUCAUCAGCAAAGGGAGUAUAAUAGGCAAGCUUAUAGGAAUGGAGACUGGGAAGACUGGAAUUGUCCUCAACUAUUGUUUACAACUUUGUUGCAAUCAGAUUAGACUGAGAAGACUGUAAACUGCUCAACUAUUAUUUAGCUGCAAUCAAAUUAUCCAAUUACCACCUUUCAGUAGUAAACACGGAAACCGCAGUGUAGUACAUGUGUAAAAACGAAACACAGCGUAGUACGUGCAUAGGCGGAAACGAGUAAUUGCUGGGGAGGACGCCAAGAAAAGACAUUCCUGGAUGUCAGGGUGUUCAACCCACACGCUCCGUCAAACAAAAACUCUAGCAUUGCAAACUGUUACAAGAAAUACAAAAAUUAAAAAAAAAGAACUUACGAGCAACGAGCCCGAGAUGUCAAACACUCAACCUUCACUCCAAUAGGCAUGGCAAAACAGUCCAUAACGUUUUACAAGCGACUUGCCUCUUGUCUAGCUGAAAAAUGGGAGCAGACAUACUGCUCGACCCUGUACUGGCUAUGUGCCCGCCUAUCUUUCUCUCGACUGAGAUCUGCAAUACAAUGUAUCCAUGGCGCCCGCUCAUCCAGGGGCCACGCUGUGAAGUCGUCCUCGCCAAUUGAUCUGAUCAGCAGCGAGGCAAGCCUCCACUUCUAGCUACCUGCAGGAAAACUGAAUUAAAGACAUAAUUUAUUAACAUUAUAUUCCCCACUUGGGGUCUGUAUCAUAGCAACUGGGUGGGGUUUAACUACCAUAAACCCCAGGCCUGGAGCACAUUCCUCAUAUAAACUCCCUUGCAUUGAGGGCGCACUGAUUUUAUACUAGAGGAUCUACACAGCCAAAAAGAAGCUAGAAACUUGUUGACAAGGGCAGGACAGAUGGGUGAGGCUCACUGCUUGGACAUUGACAAGUUAGUGCAUAGAGCUGGAAGCUUAGCACUGGCUUCAAGCUAUACGCACAAGCUUUUUAUUCGUUUUCAAUAGUUUUUGAGACUGUUUGCUAGUUGUAUCCAAGGUGAGGUAGCUUAGGUAGCAUGCAAGUACUUUUCAUUCAAGUGGGUAUAAUUAUAACACUUAUUGUCCACUACAUUCGAAUUUAUGGCAAACGUAAACCAUCCUUGGCCUCGGGGCUUCGCCCUCGUCCUCAGAGGUUUACUGCCAUAAAUUCUGAUGUAGUGGACAAUAAGUAUAACAUAUUUUCUUGAUUGUUCUAGCUUUGUAUCCAACCCUCUAACUUUUACAUGAUUUUACUGGGGAAAAAAAUUGCGUGCAAUCUAAUCAGCGUACUACGCAAAAGGAACAGAAACAUUAUUUUGGCCUCUACUGUAUAACUGAACACUCCUGAUUUUAUUUAUUCAUGUCAAGCAUGGAUAUCCUCCACACAAUAUUAGUUUUAAUUGGGCAGAUUUCGAUAUUAAAGCUUCGUUGUCGUAUAAAAGCGAGCAAAAGCUAAACUUACCUCUACACGCGACCUUUAUUCGAGCAGCUGAAGUAAUCCUUUAACGGUCUCUAUCAAAAGUAGAAUUGUAUUUUGUUGCUUCUAUAACUGAACACUCCUGGUUUUAUUUAUUCAU